GUCCAGAGGGGGGCUAGGAAGAUGAAUCGAGGGCCUGAGCACCUCUGCUAUGAGGACAGGCUGAGAGAGUUGGGGUUGCUCAGCCUGGAGAAGAGAAGGCUCCAAGGAGAGCAUAAGGGGUACCUGAGGGGGCUGCAAGGAAGCUGGAGAGGGACUAUUCACAAAGACUUGUGCUGGUAGGACUAGGGGCAAUGAGUAUAAACUGGAGAGGAGCAGAUUUAGACUAGAUAAAAGGAAGAAUUUCUUCACUGUGAGGAUGGUGAGAUACUGGCACAGGCUGCCCAGGGAAGCUGUGGCUGCCCUAUCCCUGGAGGUGUUCAAGGCCAGGUUGGAUGGGGCCUUGGGCAGCCUGAUCUGGUGGGAGGUGUCCCUGCCCAUGACGGGGAUUGGAAUGAGAUGAUCUUUAAGGUUCCUUCUCCUUCCAUCCCAAACUAUUCUAUGAUUCUGUGAUCAGAGGGCUGGAGCACCUCCUAUACGAGGACAGGCUGAGAGAGCUGGGCUUGUUCAGCCUGGAGGAGAGAAGGUUCUGAGGAGACCUUAUAGCGACCUUCCAGUACUUGGAGGGGCUACAGGAGAGAUGAAGAGGGACUUUUUACAAGGCCAUGGAGUGAUAGGACAAGGGGGAAUGGCUUUAAACUGGAAGGGGGAAGAUUUAAGUUAGACAUUAGGAAGAAAUCCCUCACUAUGAGAGUGGUGAGGCACUGCCACAGAUUGCCCAGUAUCCCCCCCGCCCCGGAAGGGUUCAAGGCCAGGCUGGAUGGGGCCUGGACCAGCCUGGUCUGGUGGGAGGUGUCCCUGCCCAUGGCAGGGGGGUUGGAACUGGAUGAUCUUCAAGGUCUCUUCCAACCCAAACCAUUCUAUGAUUCUCAGUCUGUUAAAUCAUAGUCAGUAGCAUCGCCUUUGGUCGGGUUUAAACAUAAGCUCCGUUCACUUUGCCUUAAGGCAAGCUGGCUAGCACAGGAGGCUGUAAAAUGGUCUUGUGGCUCUGUCAUGAGGCUGGCGUGAUUGUCGCUGCCCCAUGCUGACAGGGUGGCAUAUGCCAGCCUGGUGAUGCCACCGCCGGCCAGCUGUCAGGGCACCUGGCUGUGUCAGGGCAGGCAGUGGGCUCCCCACGCCAAGGGUUUUAUUAUCAGGCAGCAAAUGUCGCCACACGUGGGUGCUCCACUACCUGAAGUUUCAGCGAAUGCAGACUGGUGCGUGCCUGGCAAUCAGGCAUUUGCCUACAGGACAGCUGGAGAGGGCAUCUUUAUCAGGGAGUGCAGUGACGGCAUGAGGGUUAAUGAAUUUAAGCUGAAAGAAGGGAGAUUUGGAUUAGAUAUUAGGAAGUUUUCUGCUGUGAGAGUGAUGAGGCACUGGCACAGGUUGCCCAGAGAAGUCAUGGAAGUGCCAUCCCUGGAGCUGUUUAAGUUGAGGUUGGAUGAGGCUUGGAGCAGUGUGAUCUAGUGGAGGUGUCCCUGCCCAUGGCAGGGUGGUAGGAUCUAGGUGUUCUUUAAGGUCUAUUCCAGCCCAAACCGUUCUAUAGUUGUGUGAUCAGAUGGCAGCCUAGUGACAGCCCUUUCGAUUAAUCAGAGACACAGUGUUUUAGACCCAUUACUGCAAGUCUGUGCAUUGUAUUAACAUGAGUUAAUGUUUUGAUUCUCUGAGUCCUGGAUUUUCUUUAGAACUUCGUUGUCUUUUGCUGUUGACGUCCUUUACAUUAGGACUUCAUCCUGCUAUUGCUAUAGCUCUGUUGCUACUUGCAUAGUUAAAGUUCAUACACACAAUGGGAUUUUAACAACAGAUGCACAAGAAUCAAGUGAGACAUCAAGAAUGUAGAAGCAGAUGGAAUAACUCCAGGUGUAGCACUGUAUUCUUGUUAUGUGUCAUUUUUAACAAGUAUUUCCCAUUUCCAUUAAAUAAUCAUCUCAUACAAGAAUUUAGAGCAGAGUUGUGUUUAAAAGAUUCUUUCCACUCCCAUUUUCUGGCUUUUUAAAUGGAAGCAUCACAGUGGGACAAAUGUGUGCCAAACUGAUAGCAGAAUAUGCCUUUGUGAAAUUACUCUGCAGUUUACUAUGGUUGUAAAUAGUUUGUCAGAUUUCUUCAUGAAAUAUUGAAGAACUGGUACUCUGUAGUUUUGUUUCUGCAAGAUUCACAGAAAUGCAGCUAGCUUCUCACGAGUUGUGCUGUGAGCAUCACUCGUAGAUCUAGGACAAGUUGUUCCACUUUAGAUGUGUCAUCAAAACAAACUGGGGCAGUUUAUGUGGCAGAAGGAAAUGGAAUGAACUUUUUCACUCUCAGUGGCAAGUUUGCUUUCUGAAGUAGGAUAUUGACAAGUAUCCCUGAAAUUUUCCAUAAGACCUUUGCUAUAAGAUACUGGCAAAAUUGUAUGAUCAAAAUACUACUCCUUUUGCCCACUCAAUCCUUUAAUUUACUUUAGUCAUAAAUCCAGUUGCAGGAUCCCUUCAUUCUUAUUUCUGGACAUGUCUAGUUUCUGUUCAUCCUUAGAAGUCAACAGUAGGAAAUCUGAGGGGGAUCAUGCAGGAUGCCAGCAUGAACGUUGACAGACCGUUUAGUGUAGGUGGCUAUAUAAAAAGAGUUAAUAAAAAUGGGAAAUGCUAUGGGAUUUUUGCUGUCACUUGGAGAGUUGUAUCUGAUGGUCCAAAGGCUCUGUCUCACUCCCCGUGCAAAAAGUACAUUGGUGUCUCACCCUUUUAGGACUGUAAUAUAAUGUCAGGAUUGGUGUUUGAGCUCCAGCGACAGUGAAGGAUGUGUGAUGUGCCUUUGGGCUAGGAAAUCUUGGAGAUGACACUUUCAGAAUUUCAGAUGACAUUUUCCAGGGGAAGAAGUGUUGCUGCCACUACCAGUCAGCAGUUCUGGUCCUUUUACUGCUCUAGCAGGCAGCAGGGACUUGUUUGCCGCAAAGGUUUCAGUAGUUGUCAGAGUGCUGAGUCUCCUGGCCUGCUGAUGGGUGACACUGCCCGGUUGCUAACUGUGAUAGAUGCGGUUCUUGCUCUGAUUGGGUGACAUUUGAUCUAACAGCAAGCAAGCCAAAAUGCCACAGGUAAUGCUUGGGACAGAUGUCUAAAAUAGAUCAACUUGCAGCUUGCAUCAAAACAUGUAGCAAUUCUGCAGAGAAUCUGGCAUUGAUGACCCAUAAAGGCUCUUCUUUCUGUACGCUGGCAGCUAUGUGGAAGCUCAUAAAGACCCUUUGCAGGCUUUUCAAAAUCGGGCACAAACGCUGGCUGCGUAGGUCCUUGAUAUGCUGCGGCUUUUACAAGAGCUCACAGUAAGUAACAGAUGCGGGUGAAAGAUCCAUCAAGAGCCAACCCUGAGAAACCAAAGAGAAGCAAAAGGCCUAACAGGCCACAGGAUGAGGACUCUUCAGAUGAUAUUUCAGGUUUAACCUGCCAGCAUGUGAGCCAAGCAGUGGAUGUGCAUCAUGUGAAGAGAGUGGUAGCUCAGACCGUCUGGUCAAUAUGUGGAGAAUGUCUGAAGGAAAGACGGAUGAGUGAUGGUGAGCCCGUGGCACCUACAGACAUAUGGAUGUGUCUCAAAUGUGGCUCUCAGGGAUGUAGUAAGAACUCAGAAAGCCAGCAUUCUCUGAAACACUUCCAAACAGCACGUACAGAACCUCAUUGCAUUGUUAUCAACCUCAGCACAUGGAUCAUAUGGUGUUAUGAAUGUGAUGAAGAGCUGUCAACACAUUGCAACAAAAAGGUUUUGGCUCAGAUAGUUGACUUUCUUCAGAAACAUGGUUCCAGGGCUGAACCAAGUUCAUCAAAAAUCAUACGACUCCGUGAAGAAAACAGUGAAACAAGAGAAAUACUGAAAGGAAAAAAUUCUGUUAGUGGUGCCUCUGUUCCAGUCAAAGGAAUAAAUAAUUUAGGAAAUACAUGCUUUUUUAAUGCUGUGAUGCAGAACUUGGCACAGACACACAUACUAAAUGAACUGAUGUGUGAGAUGAAGGAGAAAGGAACAAAGUUAAAAAUCUGUUAUAAUUCAGACUCCCAGUUGGAUCCUUUGGUGGUAAAUCUCUCCAGCCCAGGACCCUUGACUUCAGCGAUGUUCUUGUUCCUUCACAGCAUGAGGGAGGCUGGAAGAGGUCCUCUUUCUCCCAAAAUGCUGUUCAGCCAGCUAUGUCAAAAGGCUCCUCGAUUUAAGGGCUUCCAGCAGCAGGAUAGCCAGGAGCUUCUGCACUAUCUGUUGGAUGCAAUGAGGAUUGAAGAAACAAAGCGUAUACAAACUGGUAUCUUAAAAGCAUUUAAUAAUCCAACUACUAAGACAGCUGAUGAAGAAACUAGAAGAAAAGUCAAAGCAUAUGGAAGAGAGGGUGUGAAGAUGAACUUCAUAGAUAGAAUCUUUGUUGGUGAAUUGACUAGCACUGUCAUGUGUGAGGAAUGUGAAAAUAUUUCAACAGUAAAAGAACCUUUCAUUGAUCUUUCACUUCCUAUAAUAGAGGAGAGGGUUGCAAAACCUGUGCCUUUGGGAAGAACAGGUAAAGGUAAAAGUGCACAAGAGGCAGAUCUUGGUCAGUGUAACUGUUCUUCUGUCACUGCUAUGAAUAAUCAACCCAAAAUUGCCAAGAAACACACUUUAACAAAAGAUAAGAAUCAACUGAACCAGGAAAGACGGCUUGGCAGAAAAGCUUCCUCAAAUGAAGAAGAAAGAAGUCCUGUUAUCAUGCAGGAAAAACCCAAGAAGCUUGAGCUGGAAGGUAGCUCUGGUGUCCCAUACUCUAAAGAUAUGACUGCUGACUCCACUGUAAAUGGAAGUCAGACGGAUGGCAGUGAGAAGGAAGCCAGCCGCUCUGAAAGCAGCUUUGAUGCAGACAGUGAAGCCUCAGAAAGCGAAAGUACUUCAAAGCAAACAGUAUUCAGCCCAUCCAGCAAUGUGUCUGGUUUGCAUGUCAACCACAUAAAUGUUAAAAUGCCGCACAACAAACCAAGUGAAAGUAAUGAUGAGGUGAUUUCCAGUGCCAUAUCCAAACUCAGCUUCUGCGAUACUAGAAAUGAAGAAAAAAAAUUGAGCCGUGGGGAUCCAGCAUUAGGUUUAUCAAAUAAUUCCAUGUUCUCAGUAGACAAAUCUCCAGUAUCCCAAAACCCUCAAAAUGCUUUCCAGACACUUUCCCAAAGCUACAUAACCAGCUCAAAGGAGUGUUCUGUUCAGUCCUGCCUUUACCAGUUCACCUCUGUAGAGCUCUUAAUGGGCAAUAACAAGCUUUUAUGUGAGAGCUGCACAGAAAGGAAACAGAAGCAUCAGAAGAAAACCAGCUCCACAGAAAAGAAAAUGGAAGGUGUCUACACAAAUGCUCGCAAACAACUGCUGAUUUCUUCAGUUCCUGCUAUUCUUAUUCUGCAUCUGAAAAGAUUCCACCAGGCUGGUUUGAGUCUACGGAAAGUAAACAGGCAUGUGGAUUUCCCCCUGAUUUUAGACUUGGCACCAUUUUGUUCUGCAUUAUGCAAGAACGUUACGGAUGGUGCAAGAGUGCUAUAUAGCCUUUAUGGGAUAGUGGAGCACAGUGGGUCAAUGAGAGGUGGCCAUUACGUGGCAUAUGUGAAAGUCAGGACACCCUCCAAGAAAUUACUAGAGCAUAUUUCUACCACUAAAAAUGUUCUAGGUUUAAAAGAAGCUGUGGGAGCGUCAGGAGGACAGUGGGUGUACGUUAGUGAUGCCCAUGUUCAGAUGGUUCCAGAAUCAAGAGUACUAAAUGCACAAGCAUAUCUACUUUUUUAUGAAAGAUUAUUACUAUAAUUCUCAACAGUUUAAUUUAAAAGACUGGUAGCAAGUAUUUAGCUUGUUGUAUUUAAAGCUGCCGUGGUAAGAGUACCUGUAAAUAUUGUGCCUUUAUCUUGUAGAGAAUUUGUCAUAUGUUGACUCUGAAUUUCAGUCAAGCUAUUAUAAAUAUCUGAAUGAUUCUCUUAAGGUACGCACUUUGCCAGACAUUUAAAAUUCCUGGGUUCAUUAAAAUACAGUACCAUUAGAAUGUAAGAUGAUACCCUAUUCUACUGAGGUCUGUGGAAAGUUUUAGUAAAGAUAAACUUUCAUCCAUAGUUCUAGAACAGUUGAGAAUAAAAAUAAUGAUAGUGUUAAGUGCCUGGAUUUGCUGCUGUACAGUAACAAUAUAAAGUGUUAGAACUUUUUGUGACCUAGUCCAUCCUUCCCAUCACUGGGCUGGAUGCCAGAACCUAAUAGUGUUGCUACCACAUGUAGGGAUAGGAAAGCAGUGUCUGGGUAGUGCUGCAGUGGGAAUUGAUUGGGAAAACGUGGCUUCAACAAAGUGAUAGUGAAUCCUCAGAUAGCUGGUACCCUUUCAGCUCUCUGUAGCUGGCAGUGGUAUAGCAAUGUACUCCUGUUUUAAUCUAUACUUGGUGUGCACAUGUAUAUCCUCUGAUAGAUAUACACACACUGUAAAUCCAUCAAUAUAUAUUAUCAUUUUACCUACUAGGAAAGAGAAUUGCAAAUAGUUCUGUACUUAGUAAAUUUUAAACUUCAAAAUUAUGACAAUGUACAGCAUAUAAGCUUGUGUAUGAAUAUAUAUAGGGUUUAAGUGUAACUGAGUAAUUCUGUUAUUUUUGGUUAUAAACAUGAAUUUGUUUAUCUGUUCCUGAAUACUUCUCUCACAGGAGCAAUAAACUAUAAAUUAUUUUUGCACAGUGCGUGUGUAGUGGAUAGUAAAUGAUGAUUUUUGCGCUUGGAUACAUGUCUGGACUUCCCUUUGUCAUCAGUGGAGGACAAUACAUGUCCUACUGGCAGAACUUGUUUCUGUAUCCUGUUUGACUGCCUGUUUUGAGUUGUUAAUUCCUUUGGUAAUUUCUCAUUUCCAAUAUGGAGAGUAAUAGAUAGAUUUUAAGGUCAAAUUCUGAUGACUGCUUUGAAGCUAUAUGGCAAUUCAUUUGUUUAAUAAGCAGUUACCUAAAUACAAAUUACUUACAUAACAGUUCCAUCCUGUCCAACUUGCUGUUUGGUAGAGAAAAGACUCUUUAUUUCUGCUUACUGUUUCCAUUUAUGACAUGUUUUUUGAUGAAAAAAAUACACUAUCCCUAUUAGUCUCUCUACCACGUGUUGUCAUAACGACUUGCACGACUUUCCUGUUGUGUUUCACAGCUUUCUGCAUUCACUGUUUUGCAUAAGAAAACAGCAAACCCCAGCACAGCUGAACAGCUGAUUUUCUCAGACUGCUGAGGUGUAUUUUAUAGCCAUACUACUCGUACAUACCUGCACAGGCACUAGGGAUCGUUACGCCAUACAACUGAUAGUCAUAACAGAGUGAGGGCCUGGUUGCACAGGGUUUUGUGUUCCAAAGGAAAGCUCCCCUCUGUAGGUCAAAAUGAGGCUAUGCAUUUUGGCCAAGGCAAUAUAUUUUUCCCUCCACAGAUUAAAAUUGUCUCAUUCUACCCAAAAGUAAAACCAAGAAAACCAAGCAGUCAGCUGUAGCCAUCUGUAUUCCAACUGAACACAUCUUAACCUGAGUCUACACUAAGAAAGAAAGAAAAAAAAUGAAAACCACAUUUAGACUAGAGUUGGUGAAAAUGUUAGUUCUUUUACCUCAUCUUCCCGCACCCUUCCUUCAUCCACUUACACGCACCUUGCCUCUCUUUGCCUAUAGAUGAUCAAACCACAAAAUUCUGGGCAAAAAUCACAGCAAUUACCAACUGAGUUUCACUUCUGUGGCACAGUCUUGCUAGGAGACCACAGAUGGAGUGUAUUUCAUCCACCUGAAAGUCAAAAGACUUGACUAGAUGAGGCCUGAAGUUCCUGGUUUUGCUGACAUCUUUAAAAAUACUGAACUUAAGUACCUAUAUUAAUCUCCUACUUUUUAACCUUGAUCUACCUCCCUAGAGUACAAAACUAGGAGAGAAAUGGAACAAGAUUCUUAACCUGUAUUGUCUUAAUUUUAAUGCUAUUUUCAGGAAACUUGAGAUGGUCUUUUCUUUAACUGGAGUUCACACACUCUUUGGACUGCUGCAGUCUUCCCAAGCGGACAUACUGACCAGGAUGCCAUGAAAGAUGCUGGCAAGAUUAUUUCCUCAUUAACAACCAAGGAAAUGUUUCCUUGCUAUGUGUGUAUUUUAUAGAACAUGGAGGGAAAAUGGCAUGAAGAAAAGCGAGUGCCUUUAUCAGAGACAGCCAUCACUAUUGCUCCUGGAUGAGGCUUCUGAGUUGAAAGAAAAAGUGUUAGUAGCAACUCCAGUAAUUUCAGAGCCAGGAACGGGUAUGAAAAUAUUAUAGGAGACAUUCUGUAAAAAAGAGGGCCACAGGUGAAGUUAUGGUUUAGAAUGAAGAAUUGAUGACUAAUGAGAGAACGUCAUACACAAUUUUAGAUGCAAGUCACACUUGAUGUGUCCUUCAAGGACUGGGGGAUUUUUGCAGCAAAGGAAGUGGAAGUACACAAACGUGCAUACUGAGGACCUCUUAUACUUCCUUAUCAGGAAUUGCAAGAGAAGGUCAGAGCAUUCUAGGAAAACAGGGAUGUACAUCCUAUAUAUUUGCUAAAGUGUUAAACGUGAAAGGUUAUUUGCAAACGUGUGCACACUGCGGAAGAGCUGUGCGUUUUCAGAAUUUACUGAAGGGCUCUAAAGUUGAAGACUCUCCUUAAAGUAUCUUGGUACCAGACCAAAAGUCUUUGCAGGCCUACACCGUAUCUUUGUGGUCCUGCACACCCUAAGGAAGUGCAAUCGCUGCUUUCUUCACGUGGGAUAGCUUAGAAACGGGUUUCUCUGUGUUACACACUUUGCUUCUCAUAAGGAUAUCACUGUUUUCUUUCCCUCUUUAUGUUCUGAGGUCUCCACAAGCCUCUCUCAAUGCCUUUUGUUUCAUCAAUCCUUAACAAUUACAAAAUGUUUCCCAGUCCCAUCAGUUGCAUUCCAUGAAGUAGCAAAACUUACUGGAAGAGCUACUGUAAUGAUAGUCUUGCCUCUCCCUACCACCAUAGUGGCUCUACCUGCUGAUGGCAAUACGGGUGUCUGAGGAAAGCUGUGACUCCUGAGCAGCUUUCUGCUCACCAGCCACAAGAGAGUGCCUUUAGAACAAUGAGAAAGAAAGCAAAUAGUUCCUCACUUUUCAAUAAGACCUAAUUUAUAAGAAGUACUUGAUUUGCAUAUGGGUAACUGGAACUCUCUACAAAAGUUUCCCCAGAGUGGAGGCAUCAGGAAAGGCAGCUGUACCAGCUAAAGAGUUAGUCCAGGUUAUAGAGCUGUUCUCCUCAGAAAGAACUUCAUCUUUGGAUUUAUAUACCUUUUGUGGUAAAUACGGCAAAAAGUGAUGGGGAGAAGUUUUAUUAUACUAGCCUACCUACACCAAUGUGUGUACAAACAUCAAGCUUAUAUAAGUCUGUUCUCCCAAGAGAGGGCUACAAAUAGUUUGUGGUGCAGGAAAACCAAGCCAACUCUAAAGGUCUCUGCCCAAAGUGUAGGCACUGAAAUGGUCACUGUUUAGAAAACAAAAUUCACGCAGUCUGCCAAACAUUCCUUGCUUGUUCCCAUUUGCGCUCUCUGUCAAUUAAGCUCUUUGCUUGUGGAUUUCAAGUGGUAGCAGGUGAGAGUGGUUUAUAAAUUCAUUAAAAGCCAAAGAUAGCUUAACUUCACCAUUUGCUUCUCCUUGGACUUCUUUUUUAUACUAACACAAACAGAAUCCUAAAGGGACAUGAAAUUAUUGCAUCUAUGUUCUCAACCCAUUAUAAAAAUCUUAUUUGAACAUCUUGGUAACAAAUGGAAGAUUUGGAAAGGAAUAAUUUCUUGAGGUGAAACUUUAAGAUGUAUUAAAUGGGAACAGAGAGCAUUUGAAUACAACUUUUACAUUAGCAAAAAUUAGCAAAUCCAAUUUUAAUUAAAAAGUGGUAGCAUACUUCACAAAACAGCUUCACAGCAGUCCUGAUUAAACAAAAAUUUUAUAUUCCUGUUUUCAUCAUCAGAAGACACUUUUGCUGUGCUCUUUACACACUGAUGUGUUUGUACAAAGAUUUGUACAUCUAUAUGAGAGAUGCCACUUGUUUUCAGUAGAACCGUUUCAGUCUAAGUGUUUUAGAAUGGAUUGUAUUUGCUUCUGUAUCUAUUUUCUGUGUUAGGAUGUCAUUUUGCCAGCUGUUUUACCUGUUUGUACCUCCCCUUGGCAUAUAAAUAAACUGCAGAACAGUGGGAAAGUGAUUAUUCAAAAUGAUUCAAUAUCUAUUUUUUUGUAAACUGAAAUUAUAAAAUAUAUUUUCAGACAGAAGUCUGUUAGUGCAAGUCAAAACACUUCCUGUGCACAUUAUAUAAGAUAUCUAAAUGAAUUUUUCGUUAUGAUAAAACAACUGCAAUGCAUUGUAACUACUGUAAGACUACUUGGUAUACAUUUCAUUUAUAUAAAGUUACAAAUACUCAUCUUCAUUGAUGUUAGCAGAAAAACUAUUUUAAAGUGUCAGUAGUGUUUCUUACAUCUGUAACAGCAUCCAAUAUUUUUCUAGUACAAAGUAUAAUGGUGCAGUGCUGCUUUUAAAAGAAAACAGGAAAGCCUUUUAUUUGAGUGGGUUUAUGAUUUCUCAAUGCGUACCUCAUUGCUUUGAUAGGUUCAUGUUUUGGUUCUGAGCUGCGUAACCUGGGGAUUAUUGCAGUGCACUCUGUAAUGAAACCACCAUGUCAGUGGCAGCCAUUCCCUGUUUAUCCAUUUCACAAAGUCGAGUUCUGAUUCUACUGUCAUUUAUGCAGGGGAAUAAUCCCCUAUAUGUUUGUAUGUGCUUGCACUGAUACAAAAGACAAUCUGAGUAAUCAAAAAACCCCUUGUUGCUAAGUCAGAAAUAAUUGUGAGCAAUAAACCAAUGCAUGUUAAAAUUUUCAUCUUGUUUUCAUUCAUUUACUUUUUUUCACCUUUGAACUAAUGGUCUAGGUGUACUCUGCAAGUAUUUAAAAAACAGAUAAUAUUUUUAGACCUUUACUACAGUACUGACACAUUGCAUGCUUUAUUUUUAGAAUUCUAAUUCCAAAUAUUGCUAAGUAAACAGGGCCUUAAACACAGACUGUAUUUAAAAACCAA